CAGAAGGAGCAGAGAGCUUUGUCAUUUAGGACAGUGGACUUCCCCCCGAAGCCGCGCCAAACCCUCGUGAUUGGCUAGACCGAUGCAUAAAUAUUACACAAGACGUCGCCAUUAGGUUCAUAGGCGGAACUGUACUCAGAAAAGCAAGACGCACUGACAGCUAGCUAUCUUACAGUGGAGCGGGCCUUUAACAUUUUAACUGCGCCACAAAUAUUUUAGAGCGAAAAUUGGGCUGAAAGUAAGUCGUGAGAAGACUCGACCAUGUCUAUGACCGUGAAAGCCUAUCUCCUUGGGAAGGAACACAUACCGAAAGAAAUUCGUCGCUUUGCUGUCGACCAAGAUGUUUCAACGAGUUUUGAGUAUCUGAAUCGAAAGGUUGUUGAUGUUUUCUCAACACUGCGAAAUGUCCCUUACCAAAUGUUUUACAAAGACGAGGACGAUGACAUGAUCGCCUUCUCCACCGACGAUGAGCUCAUCAUGGGCCUCACCUGCAUCAAGGACGACACCUUCCGCCUCUUCAUCAAGGAGAAGAAGGAGCACAGGCGCGAGUUCCCUGCUUUUGCCUUCCCGGGCGGUGUCCCUCCUUUCACCUUCCCCCCUCACCCUGGAGCGCCCCAUAUGGGACCUCCUCCACCCCAUGGCCCACCACCCCAUGGUCACGGCCCCCACGGGCCCCCCAUUGUGCACCCCAACGUUACCUGUGAUGAAUGCGAGGGCCCGGUGACGGGGACCCGUUUCAAGUGCACCGUGUGCCCCAACCACGACCUAUGCUCCCCGUGCCAGGCCAAGGGGCUCCACAAAGAGCACGUCCUCCUGCCCAUCUGGCAUCCCUUCAACAACACAUUCGAGUGGUUCCCUCGUGGGAAGUGGAUGCGGAAGAUGAGGCACUGCAUGUGGGCUCAGGCCCAAAGCCAGGCCCAGCCUGGUCCCUCUGUGUCCCAGCCAGGCCAGGCGGCCCCCGAGGACAGUCAGCCCUCCUCUGAUGCCUCAUCUGCUUCCUCCCAGCAGUCCCAGGCCAAUAUGGAUUACCUGAAGAACAUUGGAGAAGGGGUGGCAGCCAUGCUUAGCCCACUGGGUAUCGAUGUGGAUAUUGACGUGGAGCACGAGGGGAAGAGGACCAAGGUGAUGACCCCCAACCCGACCCCACCUGGGUCAGGAGGCUACCCCAGUGCUAUGAGUGACAACGGGACAGGGGGGUCAGAGGGAGCAGGGGCUAAAGAGGGAGACAUGGAGGUGGACGAGCUGAGCAGCCUGGGGAGCGCCAGUGGUUUGGCUAAGGGUGGUGACGAGGAAUGGACUCACCUGACCUCCAAGGAGGUGGACCCCUCUACAGGAGAGCUCCAGUCUCUCAGGGUGGGCGAGGAGGACUCACUGGAAGCCCUAGGGUCCAUCACCCCUCCCCAGGGUCCCUCACAGGAACCACAGAAGUCCCUCACUCUCGCUGAGGCCGCAGCCUACCCCCACUUGCCUCAAGAUGCAGACCCACGCCUGGUGGAGUCCCUGUCCCAGAUGCUGUCCAUGGGCUUCACAGACGAGGGUGGCUGGCUCACCCGUCUCCUCCACACCAAGGACUGCGACGUCGGGGCCGCCCUGGACACCAUCCACUACUCCAAACCACCCCAGAAGUAAAGGGGCCCAAACACAGAACCCUGAGGCACACCACUCUUACAUCCCCCAAUCAUAGCCACGUCACCAAUACUGCCUUCUCUUCUGUCCCUCUAAUCUAAUUCACACCUCUCUGGCAAUUUAGUAGCUCAAGCAAUAAGUCUAUUAGCUCUGAAUAUGUAAUGGUGAAAAUCUCUUGCUAUUUUAAGAUAUAUCUAUCGUACUGACAAUUAAGUAUAAAGGAUUUACUAGUCAGGUAUUUAUCUUAAUGAUAAUUAUGACGUUUCUAUAACCUUUAACUCUUAAAUGUGGUGUUGUUUAACUAAGCGUUAACAGAUACAUGGGUUCAUUUGAAAUUGGAUUGAAAAAAGCAGUACAAAUGUUAACCAACAUAGUAUCAUAGAAUAUUAACUCAAGAGCAAGUACCAUGCAAGUUGCUGAUUAAUCAAGUAACGGUUCUUACUUAUCAUUUAGUGUUAUUAUUGCCAGACAAAUAAAUGGUGUCGUGUUCAUUAUCAGUGUCAACAGAAUCAGGUGAAGGGUGUGAAUCACUGAAAACAUUUCUCCCCUGUCGAAACUAAAUAAAAGACUUCUGCAAAGAAA